AUGAGCACCUCGGAGAACAAGCUUAGACAACGGAAGCAUGACGAUAAAAAUCCGGCGCCUUCCGAUCAGGAUUCCCGAGCCGCAAGUGGGGGACGGACGCUUGUGGGAUCGGAUUACAAUCGUCCCAUUUUCAAGUUAGGGAUCGUCAGCUUGUCGAUGGCCAUUUUACCGAUUGGGACGUAUUUUGGAACCCUGGGACACGUCUUUGAAGAAUCGAACACGACUGCUGCCGCGAUUUCGGCAAUCGUGGUCACCAAUAUCAUUCUGAUCGGUUACGUCCUCACUGCGCUCUCCGAAAGUGAUGAUGACCAGAAAGGCACGACGAACAAGAAAGAUCUCCAGAAUAAGAAAGACUCUUGA